CUGUCGGUCGGAAAAAAAAGCGGCUUUUCCGAACUCCACCCCCGCCUCGCCGUGUAACGAUUCAGAAGCGAGAAUUGCAGACAGCAUCGCCGCUCUCUCGUCAUCGUGUAAUGUUCGCGUUUCAGUCUCCCCAACCCGUUCAACUACCCUCUCCUGCUCCUCCUCCUCCUCCUCCUUUCCGCAAACACCUCAAGUGCACCGCCGCCCGUGGCUCCUGCAGACCGCCUCUCUGCUCUUUAACUUCCAACCCCACCAUUUCCACCUCCGCGGCCGCCAACGACAAGAACCGCGUGAUCCAGCGUCUGUGCGAGAGGGGUGAACUGAAGCGGGCGCUUCGCGUCCUCUCUCAAGAAACCGACCCCAACCAGCGCACAUACGAGCUCCUGAUCCUGUCUUGCGCCCGCCAGAACUCUCUUUCCGACGGCCUCAGCGUUCAUCGCCACCUCCUCGAGAAUGGGUUCGACCAGGACCCGUUCCUGGCGACCAAGCUCAUCAACAUGUACUCCGAGCUGGACGCCAUCGAGAAUGCCCGGGAGGUGUUUGAUAAAACUCGCCAGAGAACCGUAUAUGUUUGGAACGCGCUGUUUAGGGCGCUCGCUUUGGCGGGUCAUGGACACGAGGUCAUCGAUUUGUAUAGAAGGAUGAACUGGGUCGGGAUUCCUUCGGAUAGGUUCACGUACAACUAUGCUUUGAAAGCAUGCGUAGUUUCGGAAUGCGGCCUCUCGCUUUUGAAAAAGGGAAGGGAGAUUCACGCCCAUAUUCUGCGGCAUGGGUAUGGGGGCCAUGUUCAUAUCAUGACUACUUUGGUGGACAUGUAUGCCAGGUUUGGGUGCGUAAAAUGGGCUGGAAUCGUGUUUGAUGAGAUGCCAGAGAAGAAUGUAGUUUCUUGGAGUGCUAUGAUUGCUUGUUAUGCUAAGAAUGGUAUGCCUUUUGAAGCUUUGGAACUUUUCAGGGAGAUGAAUCUUGAGACCAAUGAUUUGCUUCCGAAUUCUGUGACAAUGGUCAGCGUGCUGCAAGCCUGUGCUGCGCUUGCUGCAUUGGAGCAGGGUAGGUUGAUUCAUGGAUACGUUCUGCGAAGAGGUCUAGACUCGAUCUUGCCAGUCAUUAGUGCUCUGGUGACAAUGUAUGCAAGAUGCGGUAAGCUUGACCGAGCUCAACAAGUUUUUGAUAAGAUGGAUGAGAGGGAUGUAGUUUCCUGGAAUUCAUUGAUCUCAGGUUAUGGGGUUCACGGGUUUGGAGAGAAGGCGAUUCAGGUUUUUAACGAGAUGAUCAUCAGCGGAAUCCCGCCUAGUCCCAUAUCCUUCGUUAGUGUUUUAGGAGCCUGCAGCCAUGCCGGACUUGUAGAGGAGGGGAAGAUGUUGUUUGACUCAAUGGUAAGGGAACAUAGGAUUUUCCCUAGCGUGGAGCAUUAUGCUUGCAUGGUGGAUCUUCUUGGCCGGGCAAACAGACUAGAUGAAGCGGCCAAAAUUAUAGAAGAGAUGCGGAUUGAACCUGGACCUAAAGUUUGGGGAUCACUCCUUGGAUCAUGCAGGAUUCAUCGCAAUGUUGAGCUUGCAGAAAGAGCAAGUGCAAGGCUUUUCGAGCUUGAACCCAUGAAUGCUGGAAAUUAUGUUCUCCUAGCUGAUAUCUACGCAGAGGCCCAGAUGUGGGAUGAGGUGAGAAAAGUGAAGAAACUUCUGGAAGCUCGAAGACUGCAAAAGGUCCCUGGUCGCUGUUGGAUUGAAGUCAAAAGGAAGAUAUAUUCCUUUGCUUCAGUCGAUGAAUUGAAUCCGCAGAUUGAGCAGCUCCAUGCCUUGUUGCUGAACUUGUCAAUGGAGAUGAAGGAAGACGGCUACGUGCCACAAACCAAAAUUGUGCAUUACGAUCUUGAUUUGGAGGGGAAAGAACGCAUUUUGUUGGGGCACAGUGAAAAGCUAGCCGUGGCCUUCGGACUCAUCAACAGCGCGAAGGGGGAGACGAUGCGGAUUACCAAGAACUUAAGGUUAUGUGAAGACUGUCACUCCGUGACAAAAUUCAUUUCCAAGUAUACAAAGAGAGAGAUCCUCGUCCGAGAUGUGAAUCGUUUUCACCAUUUUAAAGACGGGGUGUGCUCCUGCAGGGAUUAUUGGUAGCUGCCGGCAGAGUUCAUUGAAUAAACUCUCUCGGACACGAGGCAAAAGGUUUAGUUUAGGAUCCCAGGACGUCGUGGAAACUCAAUCGUAAAAGGCGUCUGGAAAUUACAUUCAACAACUAAUUCAAUCUGUCCCUCUCAUCAUGUACUGUUUGUACUGUUUGAAACACACAUUUCACUUGUAUAGCUUUUCUGAACUCACAAGAUCACAAUAGCAUUUGAAUCCACCUUUUUCGUUUUGUAUCUUUUUUACCUCUCCAGAUUUACGGUAAUGGCGACAGAUGAAUGAGUGUCGGUUAAAAGAGGUUUUCUCGGUUUA